AUGGUUGUCCUCAACGCUCGCCUCUCCGCCCUCUGCGCCCUUCUCCUCGCCGCCAUCGCUGAUGCUCAAUCAUCCAGCGAAAUCUCGUCGGCGGCGGCUGCGUCGUCGGCCGUAUCCUCAGUCCUGACGAGCGUUGCGUCCUCUGCAUCCGCGUCUGCCUCCUCUGCUAUCUCUAGCGGGGUCACGAGCACCGCGUCCGCAUCGGUCUCCACCAUCCUCUCGGAGAGUUCCGUCGCUUCUACAUCGAGCGCGGUCUCUUCCGGAACCGCCUCCGUGUCGGUCUCUGCAUCUGUGUCCGCCGCUUCUUCGGCGUCCACUGCUACGACGGGACCUCCUCUUGAGUCUACCCACCUCACGAUACCCAUCUCCAAAUACCCGUUCAGCUCCUUCCCCGUGCCCUCGGCGUCCCCGAUCCCGGGCGUAUUCCCCUCGACUUCCCCCAAGUCGCCUCCCCCGCCUGGCUCGCGCCUCAUCCCCGACUUUGCGCCAGCCUGGAAAAGUGCACACGCCCGUGCGAAGAAGCUGAUCUCCGGCUGGUCGCUCGAGCAGAAGGUCGCGACCACCACCGGUACCGGUUAUGGGAAUGGUCUCUGUGUCGGCAACAUCCCCGCCGUCGCAGACUGGCCCGGUCUGUGUCUCCAGGACGCGCCUCUCGGUGUUCGCGGUACCGACUUCGUGACCGUGUUCCCCACCGGACUUUCCGCCGCAUCCACUUGGCAGCGUGCUCUCAUCCGCGCCCGUGGGCUCGCGAUCGGCCAGGAGUUCAAGGGUAAGGGCGUGGAGGUUGCCCUUGGCCCGAUGAUGAACAUGGGCCGCAUCGCGCAGGGCGGGCGUAACUGGGAGGGUUUCGGCGCGGACCCAUUCCUGUCAGGCGAGGCUGCGUACGAAACCAUCCUUGGUAUGCAGGAGGGUGGCGUGCAAGCAUGCGCGAAGCACUACAUCAACAACGAACAGGAACAUUUCCGUAUGCAAGAGUCCUCGAACGUUGACGAUCGUACCGAGCACGAGAUCUACUUCCAUCCCUUCUUGCGCUCAGUGCAAGCGGGUGUCGCUAGUGUCAUGUGCAGUUACAACCUGAUUAACGACACAUAUGCCUGCGAGAACGACUACACUCUCAACGAACUCCUCAAGAAGCAAGCCGGCUUCCAGGGCUACGUCAUGACCGAUUGGGGAGGACACCACUCGACCAUGAGUGCGGUCGCUGGCAUGGAUAUGUCUAUGCCGGGUGAGAUCGUGUUGGGCGACGCAUCCUCGGGCUCGUGGUGGGGCGCGAACCUCACCGCGUUCGUGGAGAACGGCACGAUCGCGGAGUCACGCAUCAACGACAUGGCGGAACGCAUUGUCGCGUCGUGGUACCUCCUGGACCAGGAUAAGGACUAUCCUGAAGUCAGCUUCAACGCGUUCUUCCCCAACGACCCGGCGACGAAUGGCCACGUCGAUGUCCAGGCCGACCACUACAAGAUCGUCCGCGAGAUCGGUGCUGCGGGUAGCGUGCUGCUCAAGAACACCGGUUCUGCUCUCCCGCUCAAGAAGCCCCGCAGUGUCGCCCUCAUCGGCAACGACGCUGGCCCGAGCUCUCGUGGCCCGAACGGAUACACCUACGCUGGUGGCGACGACGGCAUCCUCGCUGUGGGCUGGGGUUCCGGCAUGACGGCGUUCCCGUACCUUAUCUCGCCGCUUGAGGCCAUCCAGGCCCGCGUCCGCAAGGAUUCAUCCGGCUCGCAGGUCUCGUGGUUCCUCAACAACUGGGACCUCGCCGGCGCGCAGGCCACUGCGCUCGACCAGGAGGUCGCGCUCGUCUUCGUCAACGCAGACUCUGGCGAGGGCUUCCUUACUGUCGACGGGAACGAGGGUGACCGCAAGAACCUCACGUUGUGGCAAAAUGCCGACGAGCUCAUCGCCGCCGUCGCGGAGGUCAACAGAAACACCAUCGUCGUGGUGCACUCCGUCGGCCCCGCGAUCAUCGAGCCCUGGAUUGAAAACCCGAACAUCACCGCGGUCGUCUGGGCUGGUGUUUCUGGACAGGAAGCCGGCAACUCGAUCACCGAUGUCCUUUACGGCGACGUCAACCCCUCAGGACGUCUCCCGUACACCAUCGCGAAGGACCCUGCCGACUACAGCGCGCAACUCAUCACUGGCGGCGAGGUCGACGACAUCCUGCGCAUCGACUACACCGAGGGCCUGAACAUCGACUACCGCCACUUCGAUGCCAACAACAUUCAGCCACGCUUCGAGUUCGGCUUCGGUCUCUCGUACACCACCUUCUCGUAUGCCAGUCUGCACAUCUCGCCGAUCACCCACGCGGACAGCACGUCCGCUGACCUUGAGGCCGCUUGGGCCGCAGGCAAGCCCUCUCCCGCCGACGAGGGUGCUGUCACCGCGCUCUGGCUGCACAGGCCCGCGUUCGAGGUCACCUUCACGGUCAAGAACACCGGCGCUGUCGCAGGUACCGAGAUCGCGCAGCUCUACCUCCACUUCCCGAGCAGCGCGGGCGAGCCGCCCAACGUCCUUCGUGGGUUCGAGGACAUCAAGGUCCCCGCACACGGCAGCGCACAGGGGAAGAUCACGCUGUCGCGCUACGACCUGAGCGUGUGGGACGUGGAUGCGAAGGGAUGGAGGAAGCCCUCUGGCAAGAUCACGUUCUCGAUCGGCGCGAGCAGUCGCGACUUCCGCCUGAAGGGGACGGUCCCCCUCUAGGUCUGCUAUCAUAUCGCGUUAAUUUAGGAGAAAAUGAUUUGGGAAGAGUGAGGAGGAGAAGAGGGAAGACGAUCCCAACGAUAUAUUACGUAUCAUCACGAACGAAUUUUGUAAACAUAGUACCAUUGCUUGUCUAUCUAGUGCCGCCAGUUGUUGGCCGCGCGA